CGUUUUGGAGGGACUGCAGAGCCAGGAGGAUGCUAGCGUUUCUGCAGCAGUGCGCUAUCUUCUCGUGCACCCUGGUGGGGUCUAUCGUGCUGAUCAGAUGGUUCCUGUUCACUGCCGUGCCGUCCCUGAUGGCGCUGUCGACGCCCAAGCGGAAGCUGAGGUCGCUGGGCGAGUGGGCGGUGGUCACGGGCGCAACGGACGGCAUCGGACGGGCCAUGGCUAUCGAAAUCGCCAGGAAGGGACUCAACGUGCUCCUCAUGGUAAUGCUACACACGGACGGGGCGAUCAGGUUGACCAGAUCUGUGUGUGGAUCCGAUCCGCGUGUGUGUGUGCAGGCCCGCAAUGAAGAGAAGCUCACCGACACCAAGACAGAGGUGCCCAGAGGGGGAGGAUGGUCAGGCAGCUGUAGCAUGCCAUGCCAUGGCAUGGCAUGAUGUAUGUGCGUCGGUGUGUGUGAUGUUGUGCGUCACGUAGAUUGAGUCGUUGCCCGGGUUCAAGGGAAAGGGCGAGGUCCGCACGGUGCAGGUGGACUUCAGCGGGCAGCCGUCGAGCGGCCUGUAUGCCACCAUCGAGCAGGCCAUCAGGGGCCUCGAUAUCGGUGUCCUCGUCAACAACGUCGGACUCAGCUACCCACAUGCCAUGGUCUCAACAGGACACAGGGGGUGGUGGGGGGGAGAGAGAGAGAGAGAGAGAGAGAGAGGGAUGAGCAGCAAGCACAUUACACGCUCGCUGCCCGUGUGCCCCUCCCUCUAUCUAUCAUCAGUUCUACAACGAGGUGGAGUCUUCCUUUGUGGACACACUGAUAGAGGUCAACGUGCGGUCGGCCCUGCGGCUGACGCACCUCAUCUACCCUGGCAUGGUGGAGCGCAAGAGGGGCGCCAUCGUCAUGGUCGGCUCGGCCGGCUCAAAGCUGCCCUCCUACCCGCUGUACGCCGCCUAUGCCGCCACCAAGGCCUGCUCCGACGCCUUUGCACAGGCCCUCCAGGCGGAGUGCGAGCACAAGAACAUCAUUGUGAGACAGAGAGACAGAGAGAGGGGGGAGCGAGUAGCAUGUCGGUUGGUCGGUCAUUAUCGUGUGUGGUGUGGUGUGGUUGUGGUUGUGUGCGUGUGCAGGUCCAGUGUCACGUGCCCCUGUUGGUGCAGACCAAGAUGGCCAAGAUCCGCAAGGCGUCGCUCACCGUGCCGUCACCUGAGCGGUAUGCUGGGACGCACACGGGCAUACAGACAGAGAGACAACCACGCGACGCGCACCGUUGUGUGUUUGGUGUGUGUGUGUUUGGUGUGCGUGGCGUGAUGACACAGGUACGCCAAGUCGGCCAUCAGUGCAGUGGAGAACGGCGACAGCCAGACGCAGCCAACACUCUCGCCAUACCUCUGGCACCAAGUCAUGGUGGGCGGCACAUGCUCAGCAGCUGAGCAUUACACGUACGGGCGCGUGUGUGUGUGUGUGUGUGGUCUUUUCUACCAUUUCUUUAAGUUUUCGAUCAUCGGUCUGUUCCCCUACAGCCUCUGGACCAAGUGAGUGACCUCCCCCCACUGUACUGCAAUGUGUGGUGCACUGAUGGCAAUGAUAAUGCUGCACUCGUUGAUCAAUCAGGUAUCAGCUGCCCCAGAACAUGAAGAUCCGCUCCAAGGCCCUCAAGAAGAAGGCAGAGGAAGAAACGGUCAGACGGGAUUGACGGAAGGGCAGGCCACACACCACACCGGGGGCGUCACGCGUCACGAAAGGAGCUUCAUCCUGUCCAUCUGUGCCUGUGUGUGCUGUGCCUGCAGAACAAGAAGGCCUGAAGCAUAACACGUGUGAGCGCGACGGCGUGAGGUCGACGAUCGGUCGAUCGGCAGGGAGGCCUUUGUGUCGCGUGGGUUGCGUGUGUGGUGCAUGGCCUUCUUAUCCACGUACCUUGGCAUGGGCGGUGUCUUCCAUUGCAUAUGUGUAUGUGUGAAAGAGAGCAGCCAACGAUUUUUGCCUACGCCCAAGCGGCGGCGUCUUCACGAAGUUCAGAGCUGGAUGGAUGGAUGGAUGGAUGGAUGAAUGGAUGGAUGGACAAGUGUCCGUCCAUGGUGCAUGGGUCGUACCAGCAUUUAUUUGCUGAUGAGAGAGUUUUUUUUUCCUUGUGCGUGGAGGCGACCUCUCUGUCUUCCUCUCCGUUGUGGGAGAGAUCAUGACGGAUGCUGACGCGACUGACACGAGUCGGCGCCUGCUCUGACCUCUUCUUGAGAAAAAAG